UCCUUUGUUUACCUAGAUGCAGCAGCAAAGUAGCAGCAACAAUCUGCCUGGAACCCCAGGCAACAGUGCAGCCUCCACGGCGAACGUUUCUGGCGGCGACUUGGCGUCGCGCGGCUGCAAUACACCGGGAUGCACAGUGUCCACCAUUGUGGAGAAGACCAAGCGCAAGUGCUCGCAAUUCGUGUCGGCGCCGUAUGUGAUGCCCAAGCCGGUGCUCGUCAAUGGCCACACAUCGAUCUUUCAGGUUGGUGGGGAGAUGGCCAAAAUGGUUGACAUUCCAUCGAUUUCGAACGCGAGUGGCGGCGAUGGCGGCAAGCCCAUCUAUCGCAUCAAGCCCGGCACCCAUGCCCACGUGAUAAACUUUGUGCUCAUCGACGAGGGCUCCGAUUCGCUGGAGAAGGCCAUGUCGGGCGACCAGGAAGCCAUGCGUAUGGUGAUAGACUCCCAACGCGAGUCGGCUAUUAGCAAGCUAAAGAAAAUGAUUGCCAGCCACCGUGGCACAAUGGCGGGCAAAUCCCCUCAGACAGCCACCUCAGGUCUGCACGUGACCACGCCACAGAUUCAUCCAGACUUCUCGAUUGCCAGCGUUGAGGGUGCUGUGCCCUUUGCCGGAACCGGAGCCGUAGCCAGGCCCGCCGCACCAACAGUACCCACAGCACCUGCCCCAGCAGCAGCAGCAGCCGCCAGCCAUCAAGCGUCCGAUAACAGUGUUGGCCGUCUGCAGGCCGAAGUUAACCAGCUGCGUCGCACUGUCGGUCUGCUGGACGAGACACCGCGACGCUAGUUCAUCGAAUCAACGCUGACUACCCGUUUGGAGGGGAUAUUAGAGCCUAACCAAAUACGCUUUAGAAUAAUUAAGUGUUUCAAUAAUGUUAAACACCAAUA